AUGGAGGUCAAGGUAGAAAUCUUGCGCUACGUACUCCCACCGAUGGCUAGCCCAGUGGAUCACGGAAUUCACCCACAGGCCGCUUACGUCGCCGCAGAGAAUCUAAUGUGCGUGUCCAAGGAAUUCAAGCAGGUGGUUGAAAUGGUUCACUGUAUCAAGGCCGUCAACAACGACGAUGGAAAGACGAAAUUUACCAUGGAUCCCAUGCGGGAUACUCUAGUUGUGUUUUGGAUGGCGCUUCCGAAUCCGAACCCGAACAAUUCAUGGAUUCAGUCCAUGAAGGUGGCGGGCUACGAAGUUGACGACAACGCCCUACCAAUCCGUCGUCUGAUCGCCCAUAGCCCAUUCCCUAUGCAGGCCCGGUCACAGGACCCCUCCGGAUUUAUUUCCCGAACCAACCGAGCACAAACCGUUGCGAACACUCUUCGGUGGUUAGACGUGCCUUUCGAGACGGAACUUCCUAUGUUCUCUCACUUUCCUUUCUUGGAGGAAGCCGUAGUAUCAGUCUCAAUGAUGAACCGAAUGUGGCAUAUUUCCGGAUUCCAAAUGGAGGGCCCGGAUGUUGUAGCACCACGCGAAAACGGCGAGUCGUGGGGCCUCAACCGUGUUAUGCCUCACAAUCGUGCUGCCUCGCGAUACUUCAAAGCUAAGGGUAUUGAGGCUGACACAGGAAUCUCUUGGGAGCUCCCACCCUCUGUCUUUUCCACCAACCACGGAUGCCUUAUCUCGCAGCCAGAAGAUAUCGCUUCGCAUGUUGAUCAAAACGCUGUCCUUAUGCAACCGCUAGACCGGCCAUUCAUUGGGCUAUAUGGGUAUAGUCGCGGUACUCGCUCACUGGGAGGCAAAUGGGCUGGCUUCCGCUACCACACACAUACCCACAAGGUCCAAUUCACCCCGCUGGCAUGGCACGAAGUCGAGCCGAUUGUGCAUCGGCUGGGCUACAAUCAUCACGCGGUCAGCCGUCAACUCCCUGGCGGAAGUGAUCCCCAGUUCAUCGCUCGCGUCUGGAUCAUUCAGGAAGGAACAGAGCCGAAGAAUGAGACACAUCACUGCUGGGUAGAUGUAAAGGAGCCCGAAGAAUACGACGAGCCUAUGGUGACGCAGAUCGCUACCACCUAG